AUGCCUGCGGGUUCUGGAAGCCACGGCCGCUCUCUCAGAAACAAUUGCGACAGAGUCAACUCCAAAGCAGGUGCUGAAAGUCCCGAUGGCAGGAACCAGAGCGACGCCUGUUCAAAGUCCCCGCUGUUGAUCAUGAGUCCCCAGGAGACGUGGCUUCUCCCUGACAGUGGCGAAAUACAGAAUCCAUGGGCAGACACACCAGUCACGACCCCGACGUCCGACGCCUUGGGGUCGUCGCCUACGGUCCCAUUUUCUCUGCAAGAGUAUCUUGACGACAUGAAUGGCUUGGAGCGGUGUAUGGCCGGCAUGCCUGAGCAAGGCCGGUGCUCAAGAUCCCGAGAGCGCCGCACCACGCUUAUUCUUGGCCCUUCACCAGUUGCAGUCCCCGACGAGCCAGGCUUUACUGACUCGGAGUAUAUCGAGGUGGAUUAUGAAGAACUGGCGAGCAUGAGGGGCGACGGAGCAUUCGCCACCGCUGAUGACUUGGGCGGCGUGGGCUGGAAUGCAGUCGAGCCAUCGGACUCUCCAUGUCACUCGUCUGGUGCCGCUUCGGCCACCUCGUCGUCAUCACGCUCGUCUGGAUGUUCCAUCCUCGACCCAUCCCGUGCUCCUCCAUCACGUUCUCUCCGCUAUGAAUCCCUUCACCGUCAGUUACAAGAAGCAGGGCUGGCUGGGCUGGGAGAUGGCACGAACAGCAUCCAACUGUACAACCGGUAA